GGACCCGAGGAGGGGCCUGAGCCCCUGGGGAGACGUUGUGAGCAGCUGUCCUCAGCCCGAGGAACCUAGCUGCCUUGUGAUCACGGUAGUCGGCGGCCAUCCAAGAAAUGAUUAACUGAGUAAUGAUUAACUGAGCUUCCUCCGGGAGGGAGGGCGGAAACAGUUAACUCCCGUGACAGCUGCAAUCAUUUAGGCGUGGUUUUCUAGCCUGGCUUGGGCCGCACAAGAUCCGGGGCCAAGGGGCAGAGGAAGGACGGCUCGGGCGCCAGGCUUCCAGAUGGCUGAGUUGGAUCUGAUGGCUCCAGGGCCACCGCCCGGGAUCGCCGCUCACCCUCUGGCCACUGUCAGCCCAGACUCUGGGUCGAGCAGCCCGGUUGAAGAAGAGGACGUGGGCUCCCGGGGGAGCUCUCAGGAGGAGACAGAGGGACAGGGCAGCGGCUCUGCAGGGCAGGGGGGUCCUGACGUAGAGGGGGAGGCAGAGAUCCUGUGUGAUUUCUGCCUCGGGACUGGCAGGGUGAAGGCGGUGAAGUCCUGCCUGACCUGCAUGGUGAAUUACUGUGAGGAGCACCUGCGGCCUCACCAGGAGAACAGCAAACUGCACAGCCACCAGCUGACCGAGCCUGUGAAGGACCGGGACCUGCGCACCUGCCCUGCCCACCACAGCCCCCUGGUCGCCUUCUGCCGCCCCGACCGGCAGUGCAUCUGCGAGGAGUGUGGCCAGGACGAGCACAAGGGCCACGCCUCGGUCUCCUUGGAUGCUGCCCGCAGGGACAAGGAGGCUGAGCUUCGGGACACCCAGUUAGAGCUGGAGCGGAAACUCAGGUUGAAUGAAAACGCCAUCGCCAGGCUCCAAGCCAAUCACAAAUCCGUUUUGCUGUCCGUGUCAGAGGUGAAGGUGGUGGCCGAGGAGCAGUUUGGGGAGCUGUUUGCUGCCAUGAGGAAGGCCCAGGCCGAUGUGAUGCUCUUCUUGGAGGAGAAGGAGCAAGCCGCUCUGAGCCAGGCCAACAGCAUCAGGACGCACUUGGAGCAUAGGAGCGCACAGAUGGAGAAGAGCAAGCAUGAGCUGGAGAGGAUUGCUGCCCUCAGCAACACUGUCCUGUUCCUGGAGGAGUACUGCAAGUUUAAGAACACUGAGGACAGUGCCUUCCCUAGUGUUUACAUCGGACUCAAGGACAAGCUCUUGGGCGUCCGCAGGGUCAUCACAGACUCCACGGUGCACUUAAUCCAGUUGCUGCAGAACUACAAGGAGAAGCUCCAGGAUUUCUCCAAGGAAGAGGAGUAUGAUAUCAGCACUCAAGUGUCUACUGUUGUCGAGCGCAAGUAUUGGACCUCAAAACCUGAGCCCAGCACCAGGCAACAGUUCCUCCAAUAUGCGUGUGACAUCUCCUUUGACCCGGACACAGCUCACAGGUAUCUCCGGCUGCAGGAGGACAAUCGCAGGGUCACCAACACCACGCCCUGGGAGCAUCCCUACCCGGACCUCCCCAGCAGGUUUGUGCAUUGGCGGCAGGUACUGUCCCAACAGAGCCUCUACCUGCACAGAUAUUAUUUCGAGGUGGAGAUCUCCGGGGCGGGCACCUACGUUGGCCUGACCUGCAAAGGCAUCGACCGGAAAGGGGAGGAGCGCAACGGUUGCAUUUCUGGAAACAACUUCUCCUGGAGCCUCCACUGGAACGGGAAGGAGUUCACAGCCUGGCACAGCGACACGGAAACCCUGCUCAAAGCCAGCCCGUUCCGGAGGCUGGGGAUCUACGUGGACUUUCUGGGGGGGAUCCUCUCCUUCUACGGGGUAGAGCCCGAGGCCAUGAUUCUGAUUCACAAGUUUGAGUGCAAGUUUUCAGAGCCGGUCUACCCUGCCUUCUGGCUUUCCAAGAAGGAAAAUGCCAUCCGGAUCAUGGAUCUGGGAGAGGAGCCUGAGAAGCCAAUGGCAACCUCUGCCGAGGCUGCUCCCUAGACCCCAGACUCUUGCUGACCACAGAGACAGGGCAGAAGCCUGCAUCUUAAGGGGGACCUGGGGAUGGAAAUGUUUGCCAGUGGGAGCCGGCUUUAGGAGUCACAUGGGUCCCUGCACAAGGAGAGACGUCUCUGGCUUUUCCCUUUUGCUCCCUGCUGUGCUAUUCUCUAUGUUAUAGUGCUCCCUAGGCACGUACACCCCGUUUCUCAUCUUCUAGUGAUACUCUCCUGUCUGCUCAGGUGAAUAACACACUGUGCCCAGGCUCGGUGACCAGGAAUCUUCAGAGCAGUAAAAAAGAUGGCAGAAUCAAUUGCAAGCUCUGUUUUGCAUUGCCUACCCCCAGACACUGUUCUGGAUGCAGUGUGGCCAUUGAGUCCACCUUCACAGCAGCCCCCUGGGGGUAGAAGCUCCUAUCAUCCUCAUUUUGCGGAUGGGGAACCCCUGUUCCCGGGUGUGUGUGUGUGUGUGUGAGUGUCAGUGAACUUGCUCAAAGUCACUGCGCUCACAUGGCGAGCAAGUGGCAGAGCUGGGAUUUGAACGUGGGCACGCUGAUGCGGAGAUUUUCACCACCACACCAUGCUGCCCUCCUCAUUCCGUCAUGGGUAUUGCGGGUAAGGGAAUAAGCUACAUGAUGUCCUCCUCAGCAUGGACACCCAAUGUCUUAAACCCUCAGUGUGUCUGCACCCACUCCGUCUGGCUGGGUCGUGCAGCUGAGACCUCGUUACCUCAACAGCAGCUCAUCCUCUUUUUGGAUAGUAAAAAUGAUAAGAAAUGUCUUUCCAGAGUCCAAGUCUUAGUCCUCAUGACCUCUGAAGGGGGGGGGGUCUCACCUCGAGAUGUGAGCUUGUCUGAUUUCUCGUUCAGAGGACAGCCCUUCAGAUAUUUGGAGGCAGUUCUCACGCACAUCCCCCAGGGAAGUAGUCUGGUUUUCACGCUCCAUUUCCCACUUUUCUUCAUAACUUCUAGGUCUUUUCCUAUGAACUGUGUCAGGCAAGUCUCUCUUCCUCUUCGAUAGGUGCUGGUCUUUUCUCAAGAGUCUAUUUCUUUAUGUCGCUUGUCUUGUUUCCAGAGACCCCGCCCUCUAUUUGUAUCCAAGGAUUUAUACAGUGUAGGAUUUGAAUUUUUUAUCAGAUUUUUUUAAAAUUUGAAUUUUGUUGAGUUAAUUUUUUUUUUACUUGAAUUUAAAAUUUCAUUGCAUCAUUGCUGCCCGCUGAGAUACUUUGGAUUCAUGAUUCUGCAUCCAGUAGAUGAGCACUCCUUCCUAGCCUGGUGUCACCUACAGAGUUGGUAAACUUUUCUUCUGAAGUGUUAAUCUUGUUGAUACAUAUUCAUUAGGGGAGGGCCAAAUAUGGAAUCUGGCAGCUGCCAUUCGAUUCCUUUGGGUUUAGUUAUUCAAUAUGUUACAUCUUGGUAAAGCUGUACAUUAAUAUAGCCCACUUUUAACCCUUUAUCCACCGGACACCAGGAAGAACUUUUCCAAAGGCAGAAAUCAAGACAUGUCUGCCUUUCCUUGCUCCGCCUGUCUCACAAUGCUCUCAAAAGAGAAAAUGAGAUCAGCUUGGCCUGCCUCGUUUUUACUGAACCGCUGGUGGGUUAAUUGGUGCUGGCUGCUUUAUUUUCUAAAUGCUCACCAACUGCUCCAUUAAACUAUUUUAGGAUUCCUCUGCUGUGAGUCAACAUCAAGUUGAUGAGUCUGUUGUUUCCAGAACCUACCUUAUU